GAGAGAGAAAUCUAAAUUCGAGAAGAAAAGUUUUAAUUUUUUUGAGGUUAGAUUCAAUGGAAGAGAUCACGGAAGGAGUUAACAACAUGAACUUGGCUGUUGAUACCCAGAAGAAGAAUCGGAUUCAAGUUUCCAACACUAAGAAACCAUUGUUCUUCUACGUCAAUCUCGCCAAGAGGUACAUGCAGCAGUACACUGAUGUCGAAUUGUCUGCACUAGGAAUGGCCAUUGCUACUGUUGUUACGGUUGCUGAGAUAUUGAAGAACAAUGGCUUUGCUGUUGAAAAGAAGAUCAUGACCUCGACUGUGGAUAUCAAGGAUGAUUCAAGGGGUCGUCCUGUGCAGAAAGCCAAGAUUGAGAUCACGCUUGCCAAGUCUGAGAAGUUUGAUGAAUUAAUGGCUGCAGCCAAUGAAGAGAAGGAGGCUGCAGAAGCCCAAGAGCAGAACUAGAUUGUUUCAAGUUUUUUCUGUUCAAUGAUCUUAUUUCUUCGUUCCCUAUCUCUCUGCUUAAUUUUAAGACACUUUUAUUUGUUCUAUUUCGUUAAUUUUUGGUUCACUUUUUGAUGUCACCUUGGAUUGUGUCCUCUCUACCUCUGAACAAUUUUAUUUAAAGAUCGUAGGAAGUAUAAAAGUUGGCUUCGUUA